AUGUGUGUCCUGUUAAAACGGCUGCGCUACCCGAUCUCAUACUACGACUUAAUCGCUACGUUCGGCCGCUCUCGGGAGCAGUUGUGCCGCAUUUUCAACUACAUGGUCCAGUUUGUCUACGAUCGAUGGAAGUCUGUCAUCUACUGCAACACAAAGAUUGUGCGGUCUCGUAUCGGCCAUGCCACAUCAAAUGGUGCUGAAGGGCUCAACCUGCAAAAGCGCAUCUAA